AUGUCGGGCAGCGAUACCGGCGACGGUGGUAUCUAUGAACCUCUUCUUCCGCCAUUUCAAGACAUCACCCCGAAGAAUCGAGGGCCAAUUGCAUUGGCGACUGCUGUGACUCUACUGGUCAUUUCUUCGUUGACUGUGGGCGUCAAACUAUGGACCAGAUAUGCGACAACUCGGAACUUCGGCGCAAAUGACAUUGCGAUGUUCGCUGCUAUUACAUUCGCAUAUGGGCAAACUAUAUCUAUCGCCAUCGCAGCUGACAAGGGGUUGGGCCAACACCAAACAGCGAUCAAAGAACCAGACCUUAUUGAGCUCAGUAAAUAUUUCUACGCUUCCAACGUUCUUCUCAUCCUUGCGUUGGCUGGUGCCAAAGCAGCAGUAACUCUGCUUGUCAUUGCUAUUAAACCGUUGCGAUGGGUCAUGUUCGCUUGCUACGGGAUGCUCGGCUUCGUCGCAGUAUGGGGAAUAGCGGGCGUCUUCGUUGUGGCCUUCCAAUGUUCGCCAAACCAUUGGGUACUAGGCCCAAGGUCGGGUGCUGAUCCGCAAACUUGCAUCGAUCAGUAUGCGAUGCAGGUGGCACUCAGGGCCAUGGAUAUCGCCAGCGACGUAGGAAUUGUUCUCUUGCCUGCGAUGAUGAUGCGAUCGGUCCAAGUCUCCAAUGGCAAGCGGUGGAUGGUGGUCACGCUGUUUGCUAUCAGACUGGCCACGCCGGUAUUCACCGCCGUAUCGAUCGCUGCCUAUGAUGAUUUCUACCAUUCGGUUCCCCAAGAUCGCACUUGGCAUGCAGUCACACCCUCCAUUUGGACAUCCUGUGCGUUGAACUUAUCAAUCGUUACAGCAUGUAUCCCGUCAAUCAAACGUUUCCUUGCCGACUGGGCUGCCGGCCUCAGCGCCGUGACCAUAUCCGAGCCUUUCGAGUUGGAGCAUUCUGCCGGCAAGACUGGUGCAGGCAUCACGUACGCAGCAGGCAGUGGUAUGGGAAGCAAGAUCGCGACAAAACUAGGGCUGUCAUCCACCAGCAAGGCCGAAAUUACCUCGACAGUGCGAAGCCGGAGUGACAAUGAAGACGAAGAGACCAUCCGGAACACUAAUAGAAACCGCUCGCGCGGUGCAGGCGGGCGGCAACCAGACAAUACAUCAGAGAGUGUCAAAGGCCUCACGGACGGAGUGAUCAUGCACUCGAUCGAUUACCGAGUCGAGUAUGAAGACCAGGGCACGGAUCAUCGUGACUGGAGCAGUCGCAGCAGCGGCGGUCGCUGA